AGAAAUGAAGACCUAAAACAAAUGUUGGAAAGCAGUAAAGAUUCUGCAAAGCUGGAUGCUAUGAAAAGAAUUGUUGGGAUGAUUGCAAAUGGAAAAAAUGCUUCUGAGCUGUUUCCUGCUGUUGUGAAGAAUGUUGCCAGUAAAAAUAUUGAGAUAAAAAAGCUUGUAUAUGUUUAUCUCAUGCGUUAUGCAGAGGAGCAGCAAGAUCUAGCAUUAUUGUCCAUCAGUACUUUCCAGCGUGCUUUAAAAGAUCCUAAUCAGCUAAUCCGUGCAAGUGCUUUAAGAGUUUUAUCCAGUAUCCGUGUCCCAAUUAUUGUUCCUAUUAUGAUGCUUGCCAUUAAAGAAGCCUCUUCUGAUUUAUCUCCUUAUGUGAGAAAGAACGCAGCCCAUGCAAUCCAAAAACUGUACAGUCUUGAUCCAGAGCAAAAGGAAAUGUUGAUUGAAGUGAUAGAAAAGCUUUUGAAGGACAGAAGUACGCUGGUAGCUGGGAGCGUUGUGAUGGCAUUUGAGGAAGUGUGUCCAGAUAGAAUAGAUCUGAUUCACAAGAACUACCGAAAACUCUGUAACUUGUUGGUUGACGUGGAAGAGUGGGGUCAAGUUGUUAUAAUCCACAUGUUAACUCGAUAUGCACGUACACAGUUUGUAAGCCCAUGGAAGGAUGAUGAGGUGGUUGAAGAAUAUAAUGAAAAUAAUUUCUAUGAAUCUGAUGAAGAACAGAAAGAAAAGGAUCAGAAGAUGAAAAACACCUAUACUAUGGACCCAGAUCACAGGCUGCUGUUACGAAAUACAAAGCCCUUGCUUCAAAGCCGAAAUGCUGCUGUGGUAAUGGCAGUUGCACAGCUUUACUGGCACUUGGCACCAAAAUCUGAAGCUGGUAUUGUUUCUAAGUCAUUGGUGCGUUUACUCCGUAGUAAUAGGGAGGUGCAGUAUAUUGUUCUGCAAAAUAUUGCCACUAUGUCAAUUCAGAGAAAGGGAAUGUUUGAACCUUAUCUGAAGAGUUUCUAUGUUAGAUCAACUGAUCCAACAAUGAUCAAAACACUGAAGCUUGAAAUCUUGACAAAUUUAGCUAAUGAAGCCAACAUAUCAACUCUGCUGCGAGAAUUUCAGACUUACGUGAAAAGCCAAGAUAAACAGUUUGCUGCAGCUACAAUUCAGGCUAUAGGCAGAUGCGCAACAAACAUCACCGAAGUGACUGACACAUGUCUUAACGGCCUUGUAUGUUUGCUGUCCAACAGGGAUGAAAUUGUAGUUGCUGAAAGUGUUGUUGUCAUUAAGAAACUGCUGCAAACCCAGCCAGCACACCAUGGUGACAUUAUUAAACAUAUGGCCAAACUCUUGGAUAACAUUACAGUUCCGGUAGCCAGAGCCAGCAUUCUCUGGCUCAUUGGCGAAUACUGUGAACGGGUUCCAAAGAUCGCACCUGAUGUUUUGAGAAAGACAGCCAAGAGCUUCACUAAUGAAGAUGACCUUGUAAAGUUGCAGAUCUUAAAUUUGGGUGCAAAACUCUAUUUAACAAACUCAAAGCAGACAAAAUUGCUUACCCAGUACGUAUUAAAUCUCGGCAAGUAUGAUCAAAGCUACGACAUCAGAGACCGUACAAGAUUUAUUAGGCAGCUUAUUGUUCCCAAUGAGAGGAGUGGAGCUUUAAGUAAAUAUGCCAAAAAAAUAUUUCUGGCACAGAAACCUGCCCCAUUGCUUGAGUCUCCUUUUAAAGGUACAACUGCCAAAAUAAUUUGAACCAUUGUCUGUCUUCUCAAAUUAAAAGCCACUGGCUACCUGGAGCUGUCCGACUGGCCAGAGGUGGCGCCUGACCCCUCUGUCCGAAACGUCGAUGUAGCUGAGUCGGCAAAGGAAAGGCCUGGAAUCCUAGGUAAGACAAGGAAAGAGAAACCUGCUGAAAAGUUCUACUCUGAAUCGGAAGAAGAGGAAGAGGAGUCUGCCAGUACCAGUGCAUCAGACAGUGGGUCUGGUAGUGAAAGUGAGAAGGAAGAUAAGGAGGAAGGCAGCAGUGAUGAGAGUAGUGGGAGUUCCUCUUCCAGUGAAGAAUCAAGUGACAGUGAAUCAGGCAGCAAAGAAACUACUGCAAAGAAAACAUCUAGAGCUACUGAUGAAAGUGAUUCAGAGGACAAUAAAAAGAAAGCAAAGAGGAUCUCCAAAAAGAGAAGCGCAUCCAGCUGCUCUGAUACAGAGUCCACUUCAUCAGAAGAAAGUUCUUCAGAGUCCAAGUCAGAAUCAGACUCUAAAAGUGACUCUGAGUCUGGAAAAUCUCAAAGUGCUACCUCUAAUAAGAAAGAAGAAAAACCAGUACAAGACAGAAAAGCUCCAAAUAAACAAGACGUGUUUCUCUUAGAUUUAGAUGAUUUCUGUCCUGUGACAACUCCUGUGGCAGUUCCUACAGCAGCUGUUUUGUCCCCAAGUCUAGCAGCAGACCUAGAGGGAUUAAGUCUGUCAAGUUCAUCAGUCAUUGAUGUCACUACCCAAGUCUCUGUGCCAACAAAAACACAUGAACUGCUUCAUCGAAUGAGUGGAAAAGGAUUAGCAGCUCAUUAUCACUUCUCAAGACAGCCGGGCAUUUUCGGUGAUCGUAUGGUAUCUGUGCAAGUGACAAUAACAAAUACAACUGAUCAGAAGAUAGAGAAUAUUCACAUUGGGGAGAAGAAAUUACCUCCAGGCAUGAGGAUGCAUGAGUUUAAUCCAAUAGAAUGCCUGGAGCCUGCAGGAUCCAUUACCGUUUCAAUGGGUAUUGACUUCUGUGAUUCUACUCAGACAGCCAGUUUCCAGUUAUGCACAAAGGAUGAUCAUUUCAAUGUCAACAUUCAACCCCCUGUUGGAGAACUGCUUUUACCUGUCACUAUGUCAGAGAAAGACUUCAAGAAGGAGCAAGGGAUGCUGACAGGAAUGAAUGAGACAUCUGCUACAAUAGCUGUUGCUCCACAGAACUCUACUAGACUUGUAAUAAUUGAGAGGGUGGUGAAGGUAGCAAACCUGGGUGUAGUCCCUUCUGGUCAAGAUAACAUACACAGGUUUGCAGCUAAGACUGUGCACAGUGGGUCACUGAUGCUAGUCACAGUGGAGCUGAAGGAGAGCUCUACAGCACAGCUCAUCAUAAACACCGAGAAAACAGUGAUUGGUUCUGUUCUGCUGCGGGAGCUGAAGCCUGUCCUGUCCCAGGGGUAACCUGCUUACAUCUGGACUUCAGAAUCUGGCACACAACAAAAGUGCCUGGCAUCCACUACUGCUGCCUUUCAUUUAUAAUAAUAGCCCUUCCAUCUGGCAGUGGGGGAAGAAUACACUCUUGACAUUCUUGUCUUCUGCUUUAGAAUGCUAGUGUGUAUCUAUCAUGUAUGCAAGUCCUUUCCUUUUCUGCUUGCUAACCAAAGAACAUAUAUUUUACUGUCAGUUAUCUGCGCUUUUAAAUGUAUUUCCCAUUUGUUCUACCCUAGUCCGUCCUUCUCUGUUCCCUUCCCCCAGUACCUUUCUUCCCCGUCGAUUUUUCCCCACUGUAGUGGACAAAUACUAGAUAAUAAAGUUCAAGGCAAAUCAUACUGCUUGAAAGCUGAGUUAAAAUGGCAGGUAGGUUCCGGCAACAGAUACAACAACUACGUGGUUCAGAGAGGUUUUGUUGCAUAACUGUAAAAAUACAGUAGGUACAGC